AUGGCUGCGUACAAACCCGUGAUAGCCUGCAACAGCGGUGGCCCCGUGGAGACGGUAAAAAGUGGAGUAACAGGCUAUCUCUGUGAACCGACUCCAGAAGAUUUCAGUACGGCAAUGGCUAGGUACAUCGAGAAUCCUGAGUUAGCGAAUAGUAUGGGAACUGAAGCCAGGAAACAUGUUGUUGAAUCGUUCUCCGUGAAGACGUUUGGACAGAAGUUGAAUCAGUAUCUCGUUGAUGUAGUAUCAAGCCCUAAAGAAGAUUGA